CCAACACAUUGAAUUGAAUACAUUGUGAUACCAGUGAUCGAAUAAUCCGUAAAUAUGGUAAAACAGUUGCUGGUUUGCUUCUUAGUGGCUAUUGCAGUCGAUUUUAGUAGUGCUUGCAAUGGAUAUAAGAUGCGUUUGGUAAAGUUAGAAAAUUGCGCAGGACCUGAUCAGGUAAUAAAAUUUGAUACCAAAGCCACACUGUCACUGACUAAAAAAUGUGACAUUAUUUUGACCGGAUGUGGUGGGACAACUGGCUUCAAAACGGCCAAGUUUUCUUAUAAUAUUAUUAAAAAUGGAAAUCCACUACUUUCUGGAUCAGUGGAUGCAUGUGAAGAGUUGAAAAAAGAUACCAAAGGUUUUGCUACCAUUUUGAAAUCGUUUGAUAUCCCAUCAGAGUGUCCGGUUGAAAAGAUGGAAACAUGUAUUGAUGAAACUAAAAAGAUGAAUAUCGAUGAAUACAAAAGUUUUCUUGGACUCAUGAAUGGUGAUAUUGAAGUUCAACUCAAUGGGACGCAUGAUACUGGCAAAACUUGCUUAAAGUAUGUAGUUCAUGUUAGUAGACAUUAAUAUCCGCUGAUAACUUUCAACCAAGGAUUCUGUUUAGCGUGAUGGUUUGAUUAAUUGUCGUAACUGGUCGUUGACAUCUUCAAAAAUAGAAUAAUUCAGUGUGCCGUUUGUUAUUGCACAAGUUAAUUUUUCGUUUGUAUUAUUUUCUUUUUUAAGCCAAUUCAUGUUUUUGAUCUUUUA